AUGAUUUGUUUGUUUGAUACCCUCCACUUGGUUGAAAGCGUCCUCUGGAGCAAGUGGACAGACUUGCAUAUCAUUUGGCCUCUCCCUCUGCGCAAAGAGCCAUCCACGCGCGCGAGGCGUGGCUUUGCAAAGGGGGAGGGUACAGACAACACGCUGCUAAGUUUUCAAACUGCCCUGACCAAACAAAGUGCCAAACCAAGCAGGAAGCACGAAAUUAACCUUGGAGCAAGCAAACGCGGCGCCCUGUCCCUAUAUUGUAUCUACACGCACUUUUUCUCAGUACAGGACAGGAUAAGCGGUUAA